GCCCCAUCAUUGGUGUCAGUGGGAGGAAUAGUGCCCCAUCAUUGGUGUCAGUGGGAAAAGAAUCGUGCCCCAUCAUUAGUGUCAGUGGGAGGAAUAGUGCCCCAUCAUUGGUGUCAGUGGGAAGAAACGUUGCCCCAUCAUUGGUGUCAGUGGGAAGAAACGUGCCCCAUCAUUGGUGUCAGUGGGAGGAAUAGUGCCCCAUCAUUGGUGUCUGUGGGAAGAAUUGUGCCCCAUCAUUGGUGUCAGUGGGAGGAAUAGUGCCCCAUCAUUGGUGUCAGUGGAAGGAAUAGUGCCCCAUCAUUGGUGUCAGUGGGAGGAAUAGUGUCCCAUCAUUGGUGUCAGUGGGAAGAAUAGUGCCCCAUCUUUGGUGUCAGUGGGAGGAAUAGUACGUCAU